CCAAAAGUAUACACGAUGUUGGAGAAAGCAAAGAGCUCCGAAAAUCUCUCGAAGGAAGAAUACCUGAUAAGGAGAGCCAAAGAAGAACUGCCAAGGAAUAUUUAUGCCGCCAAGUCGUGGUUGAUUACAGCGAAAUCAUUAUUUCCCCACAGUGCCAAAGUACAGUUUGAGGCGUAUCGUAUCGAGAAGUUAUCAAAAAAUGUCAAGGAAGCUGCAAAAUGCUUCAGUGAAAUAUUUCAGAAUUUUCCGGAUGAUCGUGAUAUAUGGAAAGAGAUUGAAACAGUAACGGCGUGCUUAAGAUCAGAGCAAUGCGAUCCAGAAGCAGAUCUGUUGUGCCAAAUGUUUCAGCACAUUCCCCAAGAUUUGCAACAUCGGCUUCUUGUCAUGACUGCUGAUCACAGUGAGGAUACAAUGGAACACUGCAAACUAUUGCUCCUUCUGCUGGGACGAUUUCCACAGACUAUCGCUACUCACGGGCCACGUUUGGUAGAGACCCUGCUAACAGCAGAGAAGCACAGCCAUCCUGGUCGAGCGGUGAAUGGAUUUCGACGUUUAUUGGCUUGUGACGCACUUCCGCUUCUUGGUUCUGCUCCUGUUGAGCUUAAUCCUCGUCUGAGUUUGCGUUUACUUUGCAAAGCAGUUGAAUUUUAUUUGGCAUACAUACAACAUCCUCAAGAUGCUCAAAUUCUGCAGCCCUGGGACAGAUUAUUUCAGGUGGUUGAACUUAUUGGGGGCAAAUUGACGUGGGAGUUGAGCUCCCUCUUUGCAAUGCCUUGGAGUCGUGAAACUUACAGUGAAAGACUACAGCUUUAUGCGUCGACUCAUAGCGGAUCUUUGUGUGAAGAACUUGUAGCCCGACAACUUCUCGUUUGUUCUAUUGUGGUACUAAUGAGGGUAUUGCAUGAACACGCAGCGCUCAUUAAUUCGGCAGAAACAACAUACUGCCUUGUAGAGGCAUUUGGAGAAAUGAGCUAUCCAUCUGCUGCUGAUCCAAAAUUAAAAAGGCGGAAGAGAGAAGAUUCUUUAGCACUAAUGGUGACGAGUGAUGGGGAAUAUAAUGGAAAUGGACUAGGAAUAGCUGUAAGGUUAUGGGACAUAUUACACAGCAGCGACUAUCUUCAAAGAGAAGUGGGAAAAUUAAGUCAGCAAUUACGACUAGACACAUGGUUGAGCUUAUUUCUAACCGACCUAGCAAUGUAUAAGGGACUACAUCGUGAUACUUUGUCCAGGCUGUCGCAAGAAAGCUGCAAUCUAUCUACUGAACUUCGAUUAGCCAGCUCUUGCUAUUUUUUGAAAGACUACAAGAGCAUGCUUGAACACAUUGUCUUGAUUACCAGUAUGCUUCCGGUAGCACGUGGUAAGAUUUCUAUGAACCUAACUGUCCCAGCUGUACGUCAUCUGCAUUAUCUGACACUUGCACGUAAUCCUGUUCUCCAAUACUGCUCCAGGUUACUUUUAGCGUCAAUUAAAGAAAAUUUCACAAUACCUGGAGGUGUUGGUGACUUGGCAUUGGGGCAUUCUAUGGUACUAAUGCAAAUGGAUUGGCCCCAAGAAGCUGGUACGUUGGGUAUUAUUACUGAACGAAUUCUUAAUCGUGGCUCAUUUGGGUACCCAUUAUUUCAAGCAUACAUUAUAUGCGUUGAUAUAUUGGAGGAGCUCACAUAUUUGUGGACCGAGCAUGGCGGUGGAGUAUCUUUGGACAUAGCCAGUGGAUCAGGAAUUUUACAGAGUCGGCGUAUAACAACACGUGGGGCAGAUAAAGGAGUGCGAGAAGAAGUGAAACAAGCUAUGAGACGACAAGCUGCACGGGAUGGAAUUGAACCUAUGGAUGACCUUAUACAGAGAUUUAUUGUCAAUGAAAAAAAUGCUAUUCUGCAUAGUUUAAUGGGACAAUAAUUGAUUCAUGCUGGUAAUGUUGUGAAAAUUAUUUGUGAAGUACUUUUCUCGUGCUCAUUCUAGUGCAAAAAAUUCAGGAGGCUUGAAUUGUGCUGCUCAAAAUUUUCUCAGCUUCGCUUGUGCAUAAAAGUAAUUUGUAGUGUAUUUACUUGUAUUGUGGUCUGGGUAAUACUACGUGUGAAUAGCUUUAUGCAUAAGUCUAUAACGUGUGUAUUAAUUGAUAAGUUUAUAGCUGAAUACUGUAUAGAAUUAUUAAAAAUUAGCUUAUAGCAUAAUUCUUGGAUUAUUUAUUUAUAAUUGUUUUUCAGGUCUUUCACAAUUCGCUUCUUACAAAAUAAGAUUACUAUCAACAAUUCAUAUUUUUUUAUUUAAUAUAUAAAUGUAUAGGUUGAAUAUUUUUGUUAUAUAAAAAGUUUAUAUACUAUAACGCUAUUGUAUUAACAAUUAUCUUCAUUGAGUUAAGCGGGGUUUUCAUUAUAUUAAUUUUUCGUGCCUAGAAUUUCUUCAUUAUUGUUAUAAAUUUAAAUUGAAAUUAAAUGACAGAAUUUAAAUGGCAAUGCGACACAGGGACAUAGUACUAGUGUGAAAAUGCUAGAUACCGUUUUGAAAGUAA